AUGUCAAGAGAAAAGCCGCUGCCUGAAUUACCUUCCUUGCCCAUGAGGCCUAGGCCACUUAUGCCGUCUAAGCCGGCCAGGCCGAUCAGACCAUCGAAAGGCUUGUUCGAUGACACAGCUUCAGACCAGGAACCCUCACAUGUACCCUCUCCGCAUGAGAGGCACUCGCAGUCAAGUCGAUGCAGCCGUUGCAGCGGAGAGAGCGCUCAGCGACAGUCUUUGCUCAUCUCGCAACUGCAAGCUCAGGUGCUAUCUUUGCAGUCUCAGCUGGAGGAGACGCAAACGGAAAACAUCAAACAGAAAAAGCUUCUUUCCUUACAUGAUCGCACAUUAGCUGAUCUCUGUGGCUAUAUCACAAUAACAGUUUCAGACUUUCAAGAACAGCAGAGAAGGUUAACCGAAAUCGAAGGAGAAAUCCCAAUAACAUACGCAGAAUACAAUACGGGCGUUGCCGGAAGUGCAUGCAAUCUAUUUUAA